AAAACCUGGCAACCCUGACUAGCGCUGUCAGAUCAGAGCUCAGUAAAGAUGGCAGCGCUAGCAGUGGUGGAAACCCCAUCAGGGAAAGAUGCUCUCGCCGAGGGCUUGCUGGAUCUCAUGAGUCCCGCUGUACAGCAGCUUGACUUACAUGUGCACUCAGUCAGAGAAAGCCAAGUGGAACUUAGGGAACACAUUGAUAAAUUGGCAUCUGAGCUGUGUAGGAUCAACGAACACCAGAAGGUGGCACUAGAUUUAGACCCAUAUGUGAAAAAACUCCUUAAUGCCAGGCGAAGAGUGGUGCUUGUCAACAACAUACUCCAGAAUGCACAGGAGCGUUUGCGAAGGCUGAACCAUAAUGUUGCUAAAGAGACGGCACGCAGGAAGACCAUGCUUGAGGCAUCUGGAGCAUUUACUCCACGCUCUCCCAGCAAACCAUGAUGUCCGAAAUCUCACAUUUUGGGAAUGCACCAUUACACUGUGCUCAAUGCCAAGGACCAACGCUGUAGAUUUGCAGAAUCUUUCUCUUAUCAUUAAAGGGCGAUGGGCUAUGCAAAGCACUGCUAACAGAACACUGCAGCAUUAAUGUCAGUUCACUUAAGAGGAGUCAGGGAGACAGCAUGCACUCAUUUCUUUCUUGAACAUAUGACUUUUUAAUAAAAUAUUUGUCUUUAUGAAUUUAA